AUGGCGAAAGAGGAAGGCGAUGGAAAUGUUCAGGACUUCUCUAAAGACAGUUUUGAGCUCAGACUCUUGAUGGCUUACAUCCAAAGGAGAAGACCUCCUGAUAAACAGCUGGAGCAAAGCAAUGCAAACCGAGAAACAGUAGAAACCCACUCAGAACUUACAAAUGGUGGACCACAGCCAGCCAUGUUGGAGUCAAAGGAGAAAGACCUUGGAGCCAUGGCCCAAAAGCUGACAGAGAUAGCAGAAUCUGUACACAUCAUUCCAGAGUACUUGGAGACUGAUGGAGAUGAGGACGAUGUACAGAAAAUAGUGGAAAUGCUACGGGAGUAUGGAGACAGACUCAAUGAGCAGAUUGAGAGAAACCAUGCUCUGGUCCAGACCCUGAGGAACUCUUUUGAGUCAUACAGUUUCUUUGCAAAAGUGGCCGACGCCUUUCUGAAAAGACUGAGUCCAGCAGAGAUUCCCAGCACACAAGACAAUAAGCAGACAAAGCUUGCUCUCAUCUGUGAGAUCACCAGCAGACUGACAGCCAUAGACAACCACCCCAUGAACCAGAUUAUGGGCUUUGGAGCCAAGUAUCUCCAGGAACAUUUUUCAUCAUGGAUCAACACGCAGGGAGGAUAUGAAAAAGUGCUGGGAGUUGAAGAGGAAGUCCACUGAAGCAGAGAAAUUGUUUCAUGUUUACAUUGUUGCACUUUAAGUCUUAUUUGAUGGCUUUAAAUGCUUCUUGUGGGUGUGACUGAA